AUGAUGCUCUGGCGACUAUAUUAUGCCGCCGCUGGUCGCAGAGCACAAUGUGAUUAUACAGCGGGGAUCGAGCUUCCAACUGUGGAAGUUCGGUUCGAGCAUCUGAACGUCGAGGGGAAAGCUCGGCCUUCAGGAAGAACAUUGCCUUCGCUGUACAACGUUGCAGCUAACAUGUUGGAGGAUUUGUUGAGUUAUCUCCAUAUAAUCGGAAGCAGAAAGAGACAGUUCCCCAUUUUGAAAGAUUUGAGCGGAGUCCUUAAGCCAUCAAGAAUGGUGUUGCUGCUUGGGCCCCCGAGUUCGGGGAAGACCACGUUGUUAAACUCAUUAGCGGGACUUGAAAUGGAUCCUAGUUUAAAGGUUUCUGGUAAGCUGACGUACAAUGGGCACACAACGAGCGAGUUUGUAGCUCAGAGAACAGCUGCAUACAUUGGACAACACGACAACCACAUCGGAGAACUGACUGUUAGGGAAACCCUAGCUUUCUCUGCAAGGUGUCAAGGGACAGGGUUUCUCUCAGAAGUGGUAGAUGAAGUGUUGAGGACGAAGCGACGAGAGAACCUUAAUGUUGACGACGACGUUGUUCAUAGCGCCGAUAUAAACAUGUUCAUGAAGACUGCAGGACAUGAAGGUCAACGGGCUUCUCUUAUGAUUGACCAUGUUCUAAAGAUUCUAGGUAUGGAGGAGUGUGCAGACACACUAGUAGGGAGCAUAAUGUCGAGGGGGAUAUCCGGGGGACAAAAGAAACGACUCACAAUCGGAGAGAUGCUCGUUGGAGGAGCAAGGGUGAUGCUAAUGGACGAGAUAUCGAAUGGGUUGGAUGCUUCAACGACGUUCCGGAUCGUGAACUACAUGAGACGAGCGACCCACAUCCUCAAGGGAACUACUCUCAUCUCGUUGUUGCAACCGACUCCAGAGUGUUACGAAGUCUUCGACGACGUACUUCUCCUCUCUCAGGGGCAUAUAGUCUACCACGGCCCCCGUGAGGACGUGCUCCGGUUCUUCCACCACUUGGGAUUCACGUGUCCCAGAAGAAAAAACGUACCCGAUUUUCUGCACGAGGUGAUUUCCAAGAAGGACCAACGACAAUAUUGGGCACGAGAUUAUCAGCCUUACCGCUAUUUUACAGUGAAAGAAUUCGCCGAAGCGUAUAAGUCGUUUUCAACGGGAGAAGAAAUGAGAGAAGAGUUGUCUAAGCCAUUUGAUAAGAAGGAACACAGAGCUGGUUUGAGUUUCUUGAAGCAUGGAGCUUCGGAAUGGGAGUUGCUUAAGGCUUGUAUCUCUAGGGAAUUUAUGCUGAUGAAGAGGAAUUCCUAUGUCUACGUCUUUAAGAUCCUUCAGCUCAUAAUAAUGGCAGUGGUUAUUGGGACACUCUUCCUGAGAACCGAGAUGAAAAGAGAGACGGCCAUUGAUGGACUGAUUUACAUGGGCGCAAUGUUCUUCAUUGUGAUCAUGAUCCUCUUCAAUGGGAUGGCUGAUCUAUCCAUCAUGCUUCCAAAGCUUCCCGUGUUCUACAAGCAAAGGAAAUUCAGAUUCUAUCCUCCAUGGGCAUUUUCUCUUCCCCCAUGUUUGCUUCACAUACCAAUUAUCUUCCUCGAGGUUGCUGCUUUCGUCCCUAUUCCUUACUACAUGAUCGGAUUCGAUCCCCAGAUUGCAAGGCUCUUUAAGCAGUACUUUCUGCUGGUACUCGUUAGCCAGAUGUCGGGUUCGAUGUUUCGCUUCAUCGGGUCGAUUGGAAGAAAUGAGACGGUUUCCAGCACUCUCAGUGCUUUCAUCCUUCUCGUGCUUCUGACUAUGAGUGGAUUUGUUCUUUCUCGAGACAGAAUCAACAAGUUGGGGAUAUGGGGCUACUGGAUCUCUCCUUUCAUGUAUGCUGACAAUGCCAUCUUGGUGAAUGAGUUCCUAGGAGAUAAUUGGAAUCAAGGUGCCAGUUUCAGCACAGGGACAUUGGGAACUAAGAUUCUGAAAUUUCGGGGUUUUUUCGCGGAUCCGAAUUGGUAUUGGAUAGGAGUGUUGGCAUUGCUUGCAUUCACGAUCAUAUUCCAACUUGGUUUUGCUCUAGCCCUAACUUUCCUCAACCCAUUUGGAAGGUCUCGGGCUUUCAUUUCUGAGGACUCUGAAGGUGACAAAGGUAGCAACCCUAGCAAAAAUGGCAGUGUAACUUUUGAUACUGUAGCUUUGGAUGAUGAUGAUGAUAAUGUAUCAAUGAAGCAGGGAGUUGUUCUUCCCUUCGAACCACGUUUUGUCACUUUUGAGGACAUAACUUAUGUUCUGGAUACUUCACAGGGGAUGAUCGAGAAAAGUGUCGUUAAAAAGAGAUCGACGAUUAUAAAAGGGGUUAGUGGAGCUUUUAGGCCAGGGCUUCUCACAGCAUUGAUGGGAGUCACGGGUGCAGGGAAAACUACGUUGUUAGAUGUACUGGCUGGAAGAAAAACUCGUGGUCAGAUUCAAGGAGACAUCAGGAUCAAUGGGUACCCGAAGAAGCAGAACACAUUUGCCAGAAUUUCGGGGUAUUGUGAGCAGAAUGACAUUCAUUCUCCGUUUGUCACUGUCCAUGAGUCCUUAUUGUAUUCAGCGUGGCUCCGUCUGCCAAGUGAGGUGGAUUUCCAUACCAGAAUGAUGUUUGUUGAAGAAGUCAUUGCACUUGUGGAACUCAACAACUUGAGGCAUUUGAUGGUCGGUUUGCCUGGCGUAAAUGGCUUGUCGAUUGAGCAACGAAAAAGGCUAACCAUUGCAGUUGAGCUAGUGGCGAACCCUUCCAUAGUUUUCAUGGAUGAGCCGACAUCAGGGUUGGAUGCAAGAGCCGCUGCAAUUGUCAUGAGAACAGUUAGAAAUGCGGUUGAUACGGGAAGAACCAUUGUGUGCACCAUCCAUCAACCGAGUAUGGAUAUCUUUGAGUCGUUUGACCAAGGAAUCCAAGGAGUGAGUAAAAUAAAAGAUGGCUACAACCCAGCAACUUGGAUGCUGGAAAUUUCCACACCUAGACAAGAGGCAGUCUUAGGAGUUGAUUUUGCAAUGUUAUACAAGAAAUCUGACCUCUACAAGAGAAACAAGGUCAUGAUCAAAGAGUUGAGCAGUCCUGUAGUUGGCUCUAGGGAUCUUUACUUCUCGACUCGCUACUACAGAUCAACAUUCACGCAAUGUGCAGCGGAAACCGAACAGGAUCUCUUCAACGCGAUUGGCUCGAUGUUCACUGCAAUUUUCUCAAUCGGGAUCCAAAAUGCAACCACAGUUCAAUCUGUAGUGGACAUCGAAAGAACUGUGUUCUACAGAGAAAGAGCUGCUAGAAUGUAUGCAGCCUUUCCCUAUGCCUUGUCCCAAGUUUUGAUCGAACUUCCAUACAUGUUACUACAAACAGUGGUUUACUGCAUCAUAGUCUAUCCAAUGAUAGGAUUUGAAUACACCUUGCUCAAGUGCUUUUGGUUCUGGUUCUUCAUGUAUUUCACCUUGUUGUACUUCACAUUCUAUGGAAUGAUGACAGUCUCUUUCACACCAAACCAGCAGAUUGGGUACAUCGUUUCCACCGCGUUCUAUGGGCUUUGGAAUCUCUUUGCAGGGUUCAUAAUCCCACAACCAAGAGCUCCUGUAUGGUGGAGAUGGUACUUCAACGUGUGCCCAGUUUCAUGGACAUUCUAUGGAGUUGUUGCAUCACAGUAUGGAGAUGUGAAGACAACUUUCCCAGAUGGGCUAACAGUAGAAGGGUUUGUAAAGUUGUACUUUGGAUUUGAACAUCAUUUCGUAGGAGUCGUUGGCAUCGUAGUUGUAGGUUUCGGAGUGUUGUUCAUUUCUAUCUUCUCUAUGUGCAUUAUGCUGCUCAAUUUUCAAAAGAGGUGA